GAUUCCAGGUUACCAGAACAUCUCACGGACCUUUCAGUUCGCUCCAACUACAUUAAUACUCUUCAUUAUCUACCUGGAAGUGCACGACAUUUCAGGAACCUGCACCGGCUCGAUCUCUCUAAGAAUCGAUUGGAUUACAUUGUUGGCAGUGGAUCAGUGAACGUGCUCCCGCCUUCGCUGAAACAAGCCGAUUUGUCAUAUAACAUGAUUACGUUCAUUCAAGAAGGCGCUCUAGGACACAUGAAAGAUUUAGCCCUUCUGGACCUUAAAGGAAACCUUCUGACCGAAUUGAAAGAAAGCUCCUUGAGCGGUCCACAAAAUCAACUACGUUUAUAUCUCGAAGGCAACCCAUUCCAGUGUCACUGCGGACUGCGUUGGUUGAUUCACGUCAGGGAAAAGACAGCACCAGUCGUACUCGAUCUGCCCACGCUUACAUGUACUGCUUUGUUGGACGAGAGCCAAGUGCUCAAUUUGACAGUGGCUGAUCGAAUGAACCAACUUAUGUGUAGAUAUGAGACACUUUGCCCGUUGUCAUGCAACUGUUGCGGGGGUCAGUCAUGCCCAUGUCGAAGUACAUGUCCACCUCAGUGUCAAUGCUAUCGAUCUGUCUACAUCGAGCUUCGGAACUCGCAGAACGUACUGGUCUGUGAUAAUUUACGUCUGGAUCACUUUGACAGUAUUCCUGAGUCCGCUACGGAGCUACGUCUCGACUCGGCCACUUGGAAAGCGUGGGACAUAGAGAAGUUCAAGGUCUAG